AUGGACACCCUCGUCGCCCAAUACUCCCAGCCGAAGUUCCAGCAUGAAGGCUACUCCCAUGAUGAAGAGCAAGAGCUUACAGAGACAUUACCGCCUCUAUCUCUAAAAUUCGCCCUUCCUCCAGUCGAUAAACCUGCCGCCUUCCUUCGAGCCGUUACCGACGACCAUAGCAACCCAGAUUGCCCCAUUAAAAUUGCUCAUGGCACCACUACUCUUGCUUUCAGAUUUCAAGGAGGGAUCAUUGUGGCAACGGAUUCCAGAGCUACGGCGGGCAAUUGGAUCGCCAGCCAGACCGUGAAGAAAGUUAUCGAGAUCAACAGCUGUCUGUUGGGGACUAUGGCUGGUGGUGCUGCUGACUGUCAAUACUGGCUCGCCUAUCUGGGCAUGCAAUGCCGCCUCCACGAACUCCGCCACAAACGGCGCAUAUCCGUCGCUGCCGCCUCCAAGAUCCUCGCCAACCUCGUCUACAAUUACAAGGGUAUGGGACUAAGCAUGGGCACCAUGUGCGCAGGUGUAACUCCCCAAGAGGGUCCCGCGCUCUACUACAUCGAUUCAGAUGGAACACGACUGGCUGGAAACCUUUUCUGCGUCGGCUCUGGCCAAACCUUCGCAUACGGCGUUCUAGAUGCGGAAUACAGGUAUGACUUAACUGAUGAAGAAGCGUUGGAGCUGGGCAGCCGGAGUAUCCUUGCUGCGACGCACAGAGAUGCCUACUCCGGUGGUUAUAUCAAUCUGUACCAUGUCAAGGAGGAAGGAUGGAAGAAGCAUGGUUUCAGCGAUACCAAUCCGAUAUUCUGGAAGACGAAGUUGGAGAAGAAUGAGUUUUCGAAUGUUACCGGAUCGAUUCAGUAA